GUGCCCCGCGCGAUUGAUUUGCGCAUGUCAAAUGCUCGCAUUGCAAAAUGGCGGCACCUUGUUAUUGUUCCUGGCGUUUUAUGACUUGUCCCUUUAUAUUGCCGAUUAUGUCGAGUUUUUUCGCGAUUUGUGCCGCGCGCCUUGUGCAAAAAGUGCAGUAAGUUAAGUUCUGUGUACUUUAGGUGAAUAGAAGUGUUUUUAUGUUUUUGUGGUGAUUAUUUGGACGCGUUAAAUCCCUUACGGAAUUGCAGGAGAAAUGGGGUAACGUUAAAUUUUCCUGGUGUUCUCAUACGGUAUUGAAAUUUUUUGUGAUGUUACAAGGACCCAAGUGAGGCACGUCGCGAUUAUGCUAUCAAGUUUCAUUAGUAUACUUGGUGUGCGAUUGUCGCAAAUUUAUUGUGGAACAACAAUUUUUUGGAGUUUUCAGCAUGCUUGAGUCCACUUCACGACACCUCCCCCGACGGGACAAAAUGGUGGCCCCCCGAUAUCCAAUGGUCUGGGAGCCUUAUUUUGCUGAAAAUUAACGCGAAAAACCUCGGCAACAGGAGUUUCUUGUUGAUAAACAAGUGCAUUUCAGCCAAACAAAUCUUCGGAUUAAAAAUUCUGAUAAAAAAGGGUGUUAGUUACAUUGCACUGGAGUGGUUUUGGGGAUUUUUGUCUGAUAUUCGUCAAACGGACAUCUCGUCACAGAGAAAUUGCACUGAUAUCCAUAGACGUUCCCAGGCUACCCGGGUAGUUAUGUGAUUAUUGCUUGUCAUGGCGGCUGACAGUGAUGGUGAUCUGAUUGAGACGGUGGUAACGUGUGAAGGAGAUCUUGGUGAUCCAGAUUUUCCACGCAAGUUUCAUGUCAUCGUUAAUCGUCUCAGUUCCCUUGUCUGUAAAGAUAAGGGUGAAAAAUUGAGAAUUGACAAAGUAGAACCAUGGAAUUCAGUGAGAGUGACAUUUUCUAUUCCCAAGGAAGCUGCUCUCCGAUUGCGAGAAUUAGCUUCGCAGGGAUCAUCGACACUCACUCAAUUGGGUAUCCUCUCAGUUCAAGUCGAAGGAGAUCAGGUAAUCUCUUUGAGGAUAGCAAGUCGAUUCGGAGGAGAGGCACAAGAAAUAGUUUUGCAUUCAGGGCCAUCUCAGGAAACUGGGAAUAAAACCCAAAAUAAUCCCGCGAAUGGUGCAUCAAGUGCAGAUGGAGAUUCCGCUGCUCCAAUACCUGGUCCUAGUAAUGCAUCAAGUUUUUCCUCCACAUUAAGGAAUGUUGCUCAGAUAAUAACAGCCGGUACAUCAGCCGAAAAAUCACCCCAGUUUCGUUCUCCAAAUGUUGUUGCACCAACAGACUGUGAUCCGAUUCCAUUACUCCUCCCAAAAACAGUUCAAUCAACGGCCGGCGGUAGUGGAGCGUCUGGUAAUCAAGUGACACAAAAUUCAAAUCCAUCGCCACGGACAAAUUACAAUGGGCCAUUUCCCUUUGCAAGCAUGACACACGCGGCACAAGCGAUUCAUUCACGUGAAUCGCAAGCCGUAAAAACGGCCGUGCAAUUUAAACAUCAUACACAACCCCCACCGCCUUAUCCAGCUCAAGACACCGUGGCAAACGUUACUGCCUCCCCAUCAUCGACCAUCAUUCAAACGACAACGCAGUCCAUUUCAACUGUCAGUCAAGCACAGUACAAGUCGCCAAACAUUAUGGUUUCUAGUCCAUCGCCGAGUAAUAAUAAUAAUAAUAAUAAUAAUAACAAUAACAGUAAUAACAACAACAACAACAAUGCCGGCUCUCUCACGGGAACAUCAAACGGAAGUGGUAGCAGUGGUGGUAACCAAGUCGCUCUCUCGAGUCCACUUCUCGUUAAUCUUCUACAAAACGAUGGCUCAUCACAUCCAAACAAUAUUUCCGUUCCCGAUCAAAAAAUGCUACCGCCAGCGUCCGUUGUCGAUGGCUCAGCAAUUGGAAAUCGUGUCCGACCCACCAAGAAACCAGUACGAAGGAAAGAUGUAUCAUUGGCUAAUGAAUCGCCACCAAAUCUCGAUUCAUUAAGAACUGAGGAUUUAAUUGGUUCAACAACUGCCGCCGUCCCUGAUUUAUCAUCGCAAAAUCCCUCUGCGUUCGCUACGGUUAACGCAAGCCAACCCUCGACAGUGCCUCAGCAUUCGGCUACUAGUGUUAUCGCUCCAUCAUCAUCAUCAUCAUCAUCAUUAUCAUCAUCAUCAUCAUCAAUUCCCGUUGUUUCAGCAGCAGCAGCAACCACACAACUUCUCAGUUCCACCGCAGCCAUAACUCAAAAUAUCCCAACGCAAGUACAAAUACAACAAAAGUUUCCCGUUCGACAGGAACUGACUUAUAGAACAACGCAAAAUCUCGCCGCCAGGUAUCCUGUCAAUGGACAACAAGUUCGUACACCCCUUCAACAACGACAACAACUUUUAAUUCAACACCAACUUCUCACGCAGCAGCAGCAGCAGCUAUCCCAACAAAAUUCACCAGUAAUUCAAAAUCAAGUUCAAACAAAUCAAAUAAUUCAUCAGCAACAAAUUUUGGUAAAUCAACAGAGACUUGGAUUUCUUAAUAAUCAACGUCAACCAACACCGCCUCCAUAUCCACGGCAAUCAACCACCACAGCCACCACGGGACAAAAUUUAAAUGUUCAACAACAAUUACAUCACAAUCAAGUGAAAAAUAUAAACGUUAAUACAAGUACAACGAGCGAUUUUCGUUAUGGACAGAGUCAAAAUAUUCUCAGUAGAAAUUAUCAAUCGGAUAAUGCAAAUGGGACCACGUGGAAUGUACAAACAAAUGUUCCUCAAGGUGCGCAGGUAACUGCUACUCCUCAACAACAGCAGCAACAGCAGCCGCAACAACAACAACAACAACAACGUUUGCCAACCACAAGUUUUUCUAAUCAAGCCGGGACUUUUUCAACAUUGAAUCAUGUCUCGGCGAUAAAAACCGAAGAUCAAAUUAAAGAUGAAUUAAAACAAGAGGAAGAUGAAGAUGAAGAAGAGGAGGAACCACCGGAACCUGUUUAUACAUCAACGGGUAAAAUACGACAAUUUUUAAUAAAUCCCUUCUCUGGUGAAAUAGAACCAAUGCCAAGUGAAAGUUCCGAUUCGGAACCAGAAAGUGCUGUUGACAAUCAAGAUGAUUUUUUUUCAUAUCCCUCGCCAUCGAACGAUCGUUCAAAUUCAAUGUUCUCUGAUGAUGAUGCCGAUAGUAAUUUUUCCCGACGCAAUGAUACAACAACAAAUACAGAUCAAUCUGAUUCGGAAGCAACUGUUAAAUCAACAGCAAGCGAAGGUAGUUUAAAACAUAAUCGCAUUAAAUCAUCACGUGAAAGUCCAAUGCCAGCUGAAAAAAUAAAAUUAAGAAUGAAAGUUGAAAAAUCAGAUCCAUUUAAUCCAGCAUACAAGGUUGAUGUCUCAUUUGUAAAUACGCCACCAUUGAGAAAAGUUGAUAAAACAUCAUCGAAAUUAUUUACAAAUAUAUCAAAUUCAGGAUCGGGUGGUGAAGAACCACGUGUGCCUCCAUUACAUAUUUCAUUGCGUGGUCGUAAUGCAUCGGUGGUGCAAAUAAGAAAAAAGGAGAAAAAAUUAAAAGAGGGCAUCACCGAUGAGGAAUCAUCUAAUUUAAAACAACGCCGUGGGAAACUUAAGAAAAUGAAGGACGGUGUCGAUGGACAUAAAUUACUGCAGAAGAAACCAUUGAAUAUGAUAAUAGGUACGUCAGCAACGAACAAAUUACCAUUGUCAAAUUCUUCACUUGCAAUUAAUAAUUCUACCACUACUACUACUACUACUUCUUCUUCUUCUACUUCUUCUUCUACUUCGUCAUCAUCAUCAUCAUCAUCAUCAUCAUCAUCAUCAUCAUCAUCAUCAUCAUCAUCAUCAUCAAUAAUUAAUAAAAUUAAUAAUACAUCAUCAUCAUCAGUGCAAAAUAUCGCGACUAAAACGUUGAGUACAUUAAAAUCGGAUGUCAACUUAGAUGCAGGAAAGAUGAUACAAAGUGGAAAUAAUAUAAAAGCAAGCUCGAGUAAAAGUGGUGUUGGUAGUGGUGGUGAUGUUGAUGAUAUACCAUUGAACAGUAGAAUACCUUCACCAUUGAAGCACAAAAUGACUAUUUUAAAUCAAACCACAACAACAACAACUACUACUACUACUACUACUACAACAACAACAACAACAAACCCACAACAAGCUUUAACCAAAAGUCAAGUAGACAUUGAUGUUCAAAAUCAUACGAAUGAACAUAAAAUUGGCGGAGGCAAGACGAAAAGAAGAGAUUCAAAGAAAAAAUCGGAAACAGGCGAUAAUCAGCAUCGUGAGCAAAAUUUAUUGUCCGGUGGUAGAAUUGUUGAUAAUCAAUCAAAGUGGAAGAAACUUGGUUAUAAAGGUGAUGCUGCCACACAGGGAAUAAAGAAAACAGAUACAAUUUUAUCCAGCAAUGAUUUAAGUGCAACGAGAAAAAUUGGUGAAAUUCGAAGAACAAGCGAUGGCGAUUUAACACGAUCAAUGAGCGAGAAAACGAAUGUUCUCAAUGCAGUUGGAUCGAGAUUGGCCGAAGUCAAUGGAAUCAGAAAGGAUCUCGUUAAUCAAGAAAAAAGACGACGCUCGAGUUUGAUUGACGAGAAGGAUCUUAAUUUAUCUGAAUCUCAAAACGUAGAGGCUUCAUAUUUUCAUAGUCAAAAGACAAUAUCAGAGUGUUCAACGCAAAAUUCACUUACCGCCUUGAAAGUAAACACCAAUUCAUCGUUUGAUAAUGAUAGUCCAACAGCGGCGACAAAAGCUCCAAAUUUACCAUUACAAAAUAAUCCACACGCCGAUGUGAAAGUAACAUCGCGUAAUGAAAGUGCCGUUAAAGGAACAUCGCAACAACAACAACAGCAACAACAACAACAACAACAGUCAUUAACAAGGCUUGUGCCAGCUAAAACAAAAUUAGAAUUGGAAAGUAUACAAAAAAAUUCAACACUUGCAUCAUCAAAAGUUCAGGGUAUUUCGCAAAAAAUGAAAAAUCACAUAAUCACAAAAAAUGAUGCAAACGUUGUUGUUCCUGUAAAUAGGCACAAAGCAGAUAAUCAAAUACAACAACAUAAGAAAAUUAUUCAAAAUCAUGUUGUAAAACCACAACAACAAAUUGAUCGUGUUCCAUCGAUUAAUAAAGUUGUUGAUGUACAACGUGUAAGUUUAUUAAAAACAACUCCAUCAGUUUCGGAUCAAUUGAAGGAUUCUGAUUUAUCGUUGAAUAAACCAAUUCUUCCAAUUGGUGAAAUUAAUGUCACCGAGGCAAAAGUUAAACAAAAACUUUUGGAAAAUACAACGACGACAACGACAACGGUAUCUGUUGUUGGAAUUGUUGAUACAAAUACAGAGAGAGUUGGUAAUGGAAGUGGCAGUGGAAGUGGCGGUAGCGGUGGUGGUGAAGAUUCAGGAAUUGAAUCAAUGGACGCACUUUCGGAGAAAUCACCAAAUCAAGGUGAAUCACCAUUACAUAGGCCCGCUUCCACCACGGAAACAGUGACACAAAAUAAAAAUCCAAUUCAGGGGGAACCACCUCUGCAAAUCAUCAAUAAGAACAACGUGCCUUCCUCAACUAGUGUUGAUAUGUGUUCAAAUUCGCAUUCGGACAUUGUUAAUAAAACUCGCGGUGAUUCAACAAAAAAUUCAUCAUCAAGUCCCGUUCCAAUUGCCAACUACCUCGAGAAUCAUUUGAAUCACGAGGCAAUUAUUGCCGAAAUAAAUAGCAAAGACAAUGAUAUCGAUUCAAUAACAAGAACACAAAUUGAUAGGGAUUCUUUGCGAACAAUUACAUCGUGUCCAUUAAUCACUGGUACAACAACAAUUAUCACAAAUUCUUCUUCUUCUUCUCUAAGUGAAAGUGUUGGUGAUGAUAGUGAUAAACUAAUAAAGUGCGCGAAUGAUAAUGAUAAAUUAGAACACGAUCAGGGUAAAAGUGACAACAUUGUCGAGGACAAAUGUGACAAUGUAAUUAGAUUAAGUGAUGAACCUCAUGGACAAAACAAUAAUAAAAGUGUGCCUGUAGUUCAGAACCACGUUUAUAGUACCGAUAAUAAAAAACAAGAGAAAGACAUUGGAUCCUGCUCAAAUUUUCCCAAUUAUCAAGAGAUUAAAAUAGAACCAAAACUCGAUGAUACAAGGCAGGAAAUAAAAAUGGAAAAUAUUGCCGAUGUGAAAAUUGUUCAAGAAAUAAAAGAAGAUAAUCCUCUAGAGAAAAUUGAAAAAAUUAAUAAAAUUGAAAAUACACACGAGGAAGAUGAAAACCAAAAAGCUAGUGUACAAAGUCAUCAGCUAAUAAGGGAAUCGUCAGUGAAUUUACAAAAAGUAACGGAUGAUUUGGUAAAAAAAAUAGUGACCGAUACAAAUGAUGGCGUACGAUCUCCCCUGGCCGAUGAUCCACAACCGAUCAGGAUAACGCCACCUUUGUAUACAUAUUCAAAUCCAGUUGUACAUUCACGUGACGAUACACCAAGUCCAGCGUCACAUAAUCCCGAUCCUGAUAAUACAGGUGGCAGUGAAUCGGAGCACGCAAAACGUAAAAGACGACGAAAACAAGAAUUGGAAGGACGUCAGGAUGUUAUUUGUAUAGAGGAUAAUGAUGAUUCAACAACAACAACAACAACAACAGCAACAACAACAACGGCGGCACAAUUUGUCGAGAGAUUAAAUCAUCCAAAUAAUGCUGAUGAUUAUGUGAAAAGGCCACAUAAAUCAUUACUUGAACAAUUAUUGAUUGAUAUACCCGGUGAGAAUAAUGAGAAACGAUCAUUGAGAACAAGAUCACAGAAACUUAAUAGUCCUGAUAUUAGUAAAACACCUAAGAGCAGUCCACAUGGGACUGGUAAAAUUGAAGAGAGACGAAGUAUUUCACCGUAUGCAAAAGCAAGUCCAAAAUUGGGAGCAUCGAAAUUAUCGCCAAAUACAACAUCAUUGGGUAAAGGUGGUAAAAGAAAACGUCAAGAGAGCGAGAGUUCGGUGGCGUCGAGUACUGCUGACGAUUCACAACCAAGACCUGGUAAACGAAAAUGUUCGGAGAAUGCCGCUGAGCUUAUUAAAGCUUGCAUGGGUGUUGAGGAAAGUGGACUUCUCAAGAAACAAGUACCUAUUAAGGAGGAACAAUCGAAGAAGGGAUUUGGCAUAUUAGCCAAGGCUAAGAAAGGUCCUAUUGUCGUUGAAGUUGAUUCAUCAGACGACGAACCUCUCGUUGAACUCGCGGGAAAAAUGAAGAGAACGUUAGAAGAUACGUCGGUAGGAUCUCCAAAGCCCAAAGAUCAAAAGUCUCAAUCUGGUACAAAUGUCGCUGGUAGCCAAAUUCAUUCCAGUGUGCAAAAUUUCAGUGCCAGUAAUCGAGUGCAAAGAGAAAGUCGUCUUUUAACGACGAAACAGCCGAGCACGACAUCAACAUUAACUGUUGGCAAAGAAAGACUAAGAGGCACAUCUGUAUCCAGUAACGAAUCGAUUGGCGAAGUCACGACGCGAAGGUCUGUUCGACAAAGUACAGCCUCGCCUUUAGCAACUCCAGCGAGCAAUACAAGAGGCGCUUCCCGAUCAUUGGAAGAUGUAAAUAGAAGAAAAACUCGUAGUGGAGCUGCGGGAACGAUUUUUUAGUGACAGCUGAGACAGCAGAGCAGGCGAAACGGAGGCGAAUAUCUCGAGAAAACAAAUGACGUUCGGAAAGUGACCUUGACAGUGAUUAGCUACCGUUGCUCCUCUCUCGUCAAGGCCCUGACACUCUGGUUGUCUGUCUGCUAUCAAAUGAUUAUUCGAUGAUCACUGCGUGGCUGGACCCCACAUGCGGUGAAUCUGUCAUUAGCGCACAAUGUAAACAUAUAUAUGUUGCUUACCAAGUCCCUGGAGAGAAGAGCAGCCCCAAAAAAAAAAAAAAAAAAAAAUGAGAGGAACUCCAGAGACUUUAAAAAAAAGAAGAAAAAAAACAUUCUAUAUAGAAUUAAAUAAAUCCAAAUUCAUUCAUUCAUUAUUAAAAAAAAAAAAAAUAAAAAUAAAAAAAAAAAAACGAACAAAUGAAAAUUCGGAUUUUUGCACGGCAAAUAAACUCUGGUUAUGCUUUAAUCUUCUCUGCUCUAAAAUUCAAGAUUUAGUUAUUUAGCGAAAAAAUUAUUCUCAACUCAAUUUAUUAAAAUUAUUUUUACAUUCUCAUCAUAAAUGAGAAAGUAUUUUUAAAUUCUUUUAGUUUAAAAUUUAAUUAUAAUAAAAUAUUAAAUUAAAAUUGAAAGAAAAAUAUUAAUUCAAUGAUAAAUAUUUAAAUUAAAAAAAAAGUUCAAACUUUAAAGAAAAAAAAAAAAAAAUAUUGUAAUGGACGACGAAUAUUUUCAAAAUUAAAUAACUAAAUCUUUUAUCGCAAAAACUGCCAAGUCGAUUCAAAAUUUAUUGUUGAAUGCAUCCGUUCGUGCAUCGUUCCGUUCUUUUGUCUCUUUUUUCCCGUAAGCGUUUCUCGUUUUUUUUUCUUUUUUAAAAUAAAAAAAAAAGGAGAGAAAGAAAGAAAGAGAGAGAAAAAAAUGUGUGUGUGGUGGUAAUUAAUAGACUGUAGACUUCAGUGCAUUAGAAACGUUCUAUUCUUGAAAACGUUUUCGAUUAAAAAUGGAUUAUUAAAAUAAAAAAAAAAAAAAAAAAGAGAAGAAAAAAAGACGUUCGCGGUGGUUUCUCAUCUGCCGAGAUUCAAAUGUGUAUAUUUUUUCAAGAAAAAAUAAUAAUAAUAAAAAAAAAAAAAAAAAAAAAAAAAACAAUGAAAAAAAAGAAACAAAGAAAAAAAAUAAAUCAAAGAAUCUUGCAAAUAAUGUCAUCAAUUUAUAUUAUAUAUAUAUAAUUCUAUAUCAAAGAAUUUUCGAUAUUUAAUUAACAAAAUAUAAAUAAAAAGCCAAUUGUAUUCUUCUAUACGAGUAGAAAUCAAUGUGAGCUGUAAAAUGUGUGAAUAAUUCAAAAAAUUUACUGCCAAUGAAUUGUUGGAGGUAAAACAAAAAUGUUUCUUUAAAAAAAAAAAAAAAUAAUAAUGUUUAUUGACCGCUGGGGACUUUAAUAAGACUUCUGACGACUCCACACUGUCAGACUUUGUUUCCAUUUAGAAAAAAAAAAAUAAUAAUUUCUGUGUUAUUUAUUUCAGUUUAAAUGUCCAUUUGGAUUGUUUUUUGUCCUUAUAAUUGUAAAUAUUUAAGAAUAUUCUCUUUUUUUUAGUACAAAAUUUUUAAAUCAUCUCCGUUUUCAAUGUCUUUUUUUUUUCUUAAUAAUGAAUUUUUGACUUUCGAACUGCAAAUGGGUUUCUUUAUUGAUUCAUAAAUUUGUGUAUAUCUCUUAAUAUUGGGGAAAUUUUUUUUUUUUCAUCAAAAAAACUUAAAUAUCAUUGAUUACAUUUUAUUCCAAUUAAUUAGACAAUAUCAAUUUAAAAUGAUUUAAAUUAAAAGUGAAAAUAAUAAUUUUUUUUUGUUUCAUUAAAAAAAAAAAAAUUUUUUUCUAGACAUUUUUAUUUUAAAACGAUCUUAUUAGUUCUUGAUAAAACAAUUUCUAUAAAUAAUAAUAAUAUUAAGAAACUUUAACAAAUUCGAAACAUUUUUCUAAAAAUUGAUAAAUUUUGGAAAAAUUGGAAAACUUUGCAAAAAUUUGAUUAAAUUAAUUGUCAAUAAUUGCGGUAAAGAUUGAAACAAUGAAAUUGAAUUGUAAAAAAAGUUGUUUUUUUUUUUAAAUUGCAGAUAGUAAAAUUAUUAUUAUUAUUUUUCUUUAUUUUUUGUUUAUAUUUUUGUUUGAUGUUAAUUUUUCAAAAUUUUUAUCACUUUUUUCUCGAUCAUAUAUUUUUUUAAAUUAAUUUGUUUUUUUUUUUGUUAUUUUCGCUUUUUUCAUUUGUUACGUAUUUUAAUCGCCCAUUUCAUUCGAAUUUCUUUUUGUCAAUUUAUUUAUUUAUAAAUGAAAAAUAUUUCACAAUAUCGAAAGAUCUCAUGUUGAAAAUUGUCUUUUUAUUAUUAUUAUUAUUAUUAUUAUUAUUAUUAUUAUUCUAAGUGUGUUGUCAAAAUUAUUUCGAUACAGUCACUGAGAAAAACUCGUUCGAUAAUAAAAAAACAAAAAGAAAAUUAAUAAAAUUUUUUUAUAAUGUCCGUUAAUACAUAAAAUAAAAUAAAAUAAAAUAAUUUAUUUGUUUAGUCAAAAAAAAAAAUUCAACUCUGUAAACACAGUCUUUCAGUUAGAAUGUCGUCUUGAGUUAUUCAACAGUGGGACAUAUAGGAAUAUUAUUAAAAAAAAAAAGGAUUUAUUUUAUUUAUAUAUAAAAAAAAACAAUAGAACGUUGGUAUGAAUCAAGCAUAAAUAAAUACGGAGAUGAUGAUAAGAAUAAUUAUUAUUAAAAAAAAAAAUAAUUAAUACAAUGUUAAUUUGAUAGGUAAUAUAUGAAUGAAUAUAUUUUGUAAAUAAUUUCUUGUAAAGUUUACACAAAAAUACACACACACACAUAAACACACACACAUACACAUACAUAUACACAAGAGCACUUCUCAUUGUAUAUAUGCAGAAAAAAAAAUUGUUUAAAAGUUUUAUUAUUAAACAAAAACAAAAAAAAAAAUAAUUGAAGUAGCUCUAAAAUUAAAAAAAAAAAAAAAUGUGCAACUUUUUUUUUUGUCGAUAAUAAUAAUAAUUAUUAUUUUUUUUUCCUCGUAAUAUUCUUAUAUUUAGAGUUUACAAAUCUUUGAAAUCUUCCUCGCGUAUAGCAUCAAUUUAUUAAUUAUAUACAUAUAUAUAUACAGACGAGCAAUAUUUGCGAUACGUAUGUAUGUGUAUACGUAUUGCACAUUGAUGUAUAGUUGUUUUUCGUAAAUAGACGAAACUAGAUUUAUGUUAUUAUAAAAAGAAAAAUAAAACAUAUAGUGAAAAAGAUUAUUAAAAAAAAAACUGUUUUUACGGAUCGAAGCAGCUUCGAAAGCCAUUAAUCUCAUUGUUUCAUUAUUAUUAAUAAUUGUAUCACUACUUUUUUUUUUAUUUUUAAAUUCAUAAAAUUCUCUUUACAUUAAAAUUUUUUUGAUUUUUUCAAAAUUUAUUUAGAAUUUAUUUUUUUGUAUAGAUUUUUUGUUUCCGAUGAUUAUUUUUGUAUAGAAUUUUGAAAUCUUUCCAAAUUUUUCCAUUUGAUUUGAAUUAGUAUAAUUAAUGGUUUCUUUUUUUUUUUGAUUAUUUUUUCUUACUUUUUUGUCUUUUUUUUUUUUGUUAUCAGCUUUUACAACUGUUAUAUUUAAUUUUUUGUGAAUUUUUUUUUUUUUUUUUUAAUUUUCUGAAAAGAUUUAAUAUUGAAAUAAUUAAUUUUGAACAAAAUCAGAUUUUGAAUAUUGUUGAUAUAUUUAAUAAAUAAAUAAAAUAUAUUUUUUUUGCAAAGUAUUCUUUUUGGCAAAAAAAUAUUUUUUCAAUUUGUAAUUUUAACAAGAAAUUUGGAAAGAUUUUAUUAUCUUCUUUUGUAAAAUUUGGUUUUUGAUGUGAUUUUUGAUUUCCAAUAUAGGUUUACAUUUAAUCGUUGUAUCGCAUAAUAUCUAAAGAGCCGUGGUCUCUAAAAAAAAAAAUGAAAUAAAAGUGUUAUUAAGAACUGAAUCUAAUUAGAGAUCUAGAAUUGACGUUUAGGUGAAUUUUUACGAGAUUUUUGACUCGCACUCUUUGAUUCGUUCUAAUACUGAGACUGAAGCGGUUUUAUCACUUCGAGUCGAGUCACUAUAUAUAUAUAUAUAUAUAUAUAUAUAUAUAUAUACAUGAUAUAUAUAUAUAUAAUUUUCUCCCGCCACGAAUAGUAGCUUAAAUUAUUUAGUUUAUUACAUCACUCGUCAUCGGAAAAUUAUUAUUUUUUAAUGAUGACGAUGAUAAAAAAAAAAAAAUAAUAAUAAUGAUUGAGAAUAUAAGAAUAUAAUAUAAUAAUGACGAUGACAAGGAUGAUAUAAUAAUUUGAUAAUGAUGAUGAUAAUCGUGAGGAUGAUAAUGAUAAUAAUUAUAAUAUUAAUUAUAUAAUAAAAUCCACUUUUGUAAAUAGUAGCGUGCUUAUUUUAUUAAAAAGUAAAAAAAAAAAAAAGAAAUCGAUCCGCAAAAAAGAGCUUGUGUGUAUAUUGUAUGAGAAAUGAGAGAAUCACAUUUAAUUUUUGGUCCAUACUCUACAUUGUGAUGGGAUGAAGUGUAAUGUAAAAUCUAGUGCUAGGAUUAUAUUAUUCGAAGAAGUAAAAGAAAAGAAAAUUAAAUUUAAGAAGGAUCGCUACGAGAAAAAAAAGAAUUGUAAUUUCGUUGUAAAAUAUUCUCUUCUUUUUUUUUGACACUAUAGGUAGGUUAGGCAUUAUUAUGUUACAAUUUUAUUAUUGAACAUUACAUUACAUAUGAUUGUAUAAACCAUUAAAAAAAAAAAAAACAGAGGAUAAGUUUCACCUGUAAAUACAAAUAAUUAAUAUUGAUAUAAGUGAAUUUAUUCGAGAAAUCUAGAUAAUAUUAAGAGGCUCGUGAAUUGCUUCUCUGAAAAUGGACAAAAAUUAUACAAAUAAAAUUUAUUAAAAAAAAAGAAAAAUCUCAAAUGAUUUAAUAGCAAAAUAAAUCAAAUUGAGAGAUGAAUAACAACUUUUUUUUUUCUUUUCAUUGAGAAGCAACAAAAAUAAGCACGCGAUUAAUUGUACGACGCAAAUUUAGUGCUUUGUAAAUAAAUCUUGACAAGUGCGAAGUAACAUUUAUUAUAUAUAUAAAAAAAAAAAAAAACAUUAUUUUUGUUCUCGAGCCUUUUAAUUUUAUAAGAAUUACUGAAAAUAUAUAUUAUAUAUAUAAAUAUAUAAAUAUAAAUAUAAAUAUUAUAAUUGCGUAAGGAGAAUGCGCGACAAAAGCACCGGAACAACUAUAAAGCGAGAAUAAAAGUUCCGAUGAUUUUGAUGCUAAUUAUAUAUGCAAAAAAAAAAAAAAAAAAAAAAACAAUUUGUAUUUUUAGUAUUCGAUUAAAUGAUAAAACAACAACAACUAGGUGUGAAGGUAAAAUUGAUUGAUAAUAAUCCACGAGGAUAAUGUAAAACAACAACAACAACAAAAAAACAAAAAAAAAACUAAAAUAUUAGAUACAAUAUUAUAUUUGUAGAAAUGAUCGAGCACGUGAGAAAAAAAAGAAAAAAUCGCGCUAUAAUUAUAAAGAAAAAAAAAAAAUAUUACGAUUAUAUUAUUAUCUAUUAUUACACAAAGUGAAUACACAACAUAGUAAUUUGCUAAUUGUACCUUUUAAUAAUUACUGUAGACACAUUGAUGAAAAAAAGGUUUUUUUCUUGUUAUUAAUUAUUAAUUACCAUAGACUUAUCAGAAAAUGAAAAAAAAGUGUUAUAAAAAAUUACAA